CUGCCUCCCCCUGUUCACCCUCACCCUCCAGCCUCUGGAACACCGCGCAAUCCGAGCUCAGCGACGCGGCUGAGCCAUGUUGGAGAAAUGCAGUUUAGACAAUAACCAGGCCGAACCGGCGGCACGACGCGCUCUCAGCAACCUUUCCCUCUCUGUGGCGAAGUGCAAGAAGAUCGUCGUCGUCACGGGUGCCGGAAUAUCCUGCUCUUGCGGCAUUCCUGAUUUUCGCUCUUCAGACGGCCUGUAUGCGCUCGUAAAGCAACAGUACCCCGACGUGGUUCUUAAAGGUCGCGAUCUCUUCGACGCCUCCCUCUUCCGCGAUGCGACAUCCACAGCCGUUUUCUACACGUUUAUAUCUCAGCUCAAGCAGUCAGUAGACCGCGCUUCCCCAUCGCCUACCCACAGGUUCCUGAAGGCCCUCGACGCGAAGGGUAAACUUCUCCGAUCAUACACGCAGAACAUCGAUGGAUUCGAGGAGCAAGUUGGUCUCGCUGGCAGCUCUGGCCAGCACGCGACCCUCGACGCGAAAGGCAAGGGGAAAUUGAAGACUAAAGACGUUCGCAACGUCCAGCUGCAUGGCGACAUCCAUCGCGUGCGAUGCACGCUCUGCUCGGCCGAGUUCCUGUGCACGCCGGAGUACCUCGACUCUUUCGACAAGGGCAUCGCACCCGACUGUCUCGAGUGCGCCUCCCGAUCAAAAGCCCGCGAGGCACGCGCUGCACGCGCUCUCAAGGUCGGGACGCUCCGCCCGGCGAUUGUGCUCUACGACGAGCCGCAUCCCCUCGGCGACGACAUCGGGACCAUCCAGACCGCGGACCUCGCCCGCAGACCGGACAUGCUCAUUAUCAUGGGCACCUCGCUGAAGGUGCACGGCUUCAAGAAGCUUGUCAAGGAGUUUGCCCGAGCCGUUCACGAGACUGCGCCUCCGAAGGUCGAAACGCUUAACCCCACGAAGAAAUCGUCGGCGAAGUCGCAUGCCGGUAAGGUCAUUUUUGUGAACAAGACGCCACCAGGAGCGGAGUGGGAGGGGAUUAUCGAUAUAUGGGUGCAGGGGGAGUCGGACAAGUGGGUCGAGAAGGUUACUGAGGAUUGGAAGAAGGCGGUGCCUGGGGACUGGGAGGUCCAGCAGAAGUUGGACGGGGUCCCGACUGGCGGUGGCCCUUUUAAGGUGAUGAAGGAGCUGAACGGCGCGGGGCUGAAGGGGAAGGGGAAGGGAAACGAGAACAUACCCCCGGACGUCAUCUCACUUGCGUGCCUAACGCCGCUGCCCGACUCCCCACCGCCGUCGCCGAGUAAGCGGCGCACGCUCACCUGCCACUACAUGCCGGACGAGGAGGGCGAGUGCAGCGCUUCGAAGAAGCGGGCUUCUUCUCGGCUUGGUUGGGUUGAAGGAGACAUGGACGAACUGCCCGGCCUGCUUUUCGGCAACUGUGCUAAUAAACGGACAGUCAAGAAGGAGGAGGUUGAGGACGCGUUCCCCGUGGCUUCUGAUGUAAAGGACCGGUCGAGGCCGAAGAGCAGGGCGGGCACGAAGGGAGGGGCUACGAGAGCGCGUUCGAUGUCACGACCGAAAGCAGCGUCUGCAGUGCAAAAGGGAACGGGGAAUGUUGCUGCGCAGAGUCGACGGGCUCGAGCAGGGACUAAAGUGAAAUGAAUGGACUGUCAUAGACUGUUUUUUCGACUUUCUUGAAUGUGGCGAACUUGCUCGCGAGAUACCAGCUGCUUCAUGUGUAUCUAUUUUAUCUUAUCUAGUCUAAUUCGGCUUUAGGCGAUUUCACUACACGGGCGGGAUCCCUGGAAAAGGCAUGACAUUGCAGUGAAGUGAGUACUAGACAAAGCAUUGAAACCACAGUAUGGGAAGGAGCCUUGGAAGUGCCUUAGUCUGUGAUCAGCUCCGAUACACUCCAGUCCUCAAAGCUACCGUCUGGGAGAUAACGCCGGACGGUGAGGGGAAUUUUGCGCUGUGACAGCUCUUUUAUCGCAAUCUGCAGAGCGUCGGUCUCGCCGUCGAGUGGUACAAGCACAGGGGCGUUCAUACUUUGUAUACAUCGAGCUUAGUG